AGGUGCGAGGGAGCAGUGGUAGUGAAGCUAAAGGCAGGUCUUGGUGAAUGUCAGCGGCACAAUCUGGGAAACAAAUUGAUCAAGAUUUAUGAGGUCUUAGCUCAUGCACCCAACGUUUGUACACCUCGGGAAGACGUUUUCCUGUUACCUGUGGUCAUGUAGCGCCUUUCUUAGCAGCACGAUCGCAGAUCUGAAGGCAGCAUUACAGAGUAUUUUUAUCUGUAAAUGAGGUAGACCAUCAGCGAAGAUAUUAAAGCCAUAGAGUGUUGAUGUGGGGGAAGCGGUGAGGAAAACAUCUUCUUGGUACCUGCAGUGUUGAAGCAACAAAAUGGGGAACAGUGCACUCAAAGCUCAUCUUGAGACUUCCCAGAAAACAGGAGUGUUCCAACUUACUGGCAAGGGAUUGGCAGAGUUUCCUGAAGAGCUUCAGAGGUUAUCCAGCCUGCGAACAGUUGAUCUGUCCAAUAACAAGAUUGAAGUGUUGCCCAGCUUCAUUGGUGUAUUCUCAGUGCUCAAGAGUCUUACUCUGAACUGCAACAAACUUGCCUUCAUUCCUGAUGAGAUUGGGAAGUUGAAGAAACUGGAAACUCUACAUCUCAACGGGAACCAGCUGAAGCACUUGCCAGCCACUGUAGGACAGCUCAGUGCUUUGCGUACACUUGGCCUCUCUGGCAAUCGUUUCAAAGAAUUUCCAGCACACUUGGGUUCACUUAGACAUUUGGACUUGCUGGACAUGUCCAAGAAUCAUAUUCAUGUCAUCCCAGACCAUGUGCAAGAGCUUCAGACCAUAGAGCUCAACUUAAAUCAGAACCAGAUCUCAUCUGUAUCCCCAGAUGUGGCCCGCUGUCCACGUUUGAAGGUCCUGAGACUAGAGGAGAACUGCCUGGAGUUGUAUUCUCUUCCCUUGGCUAUCUUGACUGAUUCCCAGGUGUCCUUGCUUGCUGUGGAAGGAAACCUGUUUGAGAUUAAGAAGCUCAGGGAACUGGAUGGUUAUGACAAGUAUAUGGAACGAUUUACUGCAACUAAGAAAAAGUUUGCUUGAAGAAGAAUGUGGGUGGUCUUGCAGGAGAGCUGGACCUUCUCGUAGCACAUUACGGAAAGACUUAUGGUGAUCAUGAAGCCAAGUGGGAUUUUAAUAUUUAUAAAUGAAGUCCCUGAGGUCUGAAAGAAGACAGAUGAUUAACAAAAGAGUCGGUUAGGCACUGCUUUAAAAUAUUGAUGGAACACUAUGAAGUAUGAAUGCCCAUAUUUAUUAUGUACACGCUGACUCACUACAUAGCUACUGCAUCUUUCUCAGGAAUGCUUGAUUUUUACUAUCUUUUUUGCAGUAGAUCCUUCCAGCUUUCCAGACUACAGACUUUGGUAGUAAACACUAGGCAUGAACAAGUGAGAUUGCUGAAUUUUAUAUCCAUUAUAUUAAAUACUUACCUUUUGAAGCAAAUGAAAUAACUUGCUGCUGUACUCCUUAACAGACCGCAUUAAAGUCGGAGGCUUUCACCUUACUGGUGCAAUCUGAGUAGAAUGCCGUUGUCCGUGGAACUAAGAAGUGUUUGAAUUCAAAUAAAAUAUCUUCUAACUCAUAUGUACAUAUAUGAUUUUUGAUCUUGGAAUAUUUUUUGUCUCCUAGACAUGGCUUUAUAUUUCCUUUAACUUUAGAAAAACUGUCCUUUCAAUUGCUUUCAUCAUUAAAGUAAGAUCGAUGACAUUUUAUUUUCUCCAUAGUCCCUACUAACUCUGCAGUUGGCUAACUGUGUUGCCCUCGGAGGCUGACUGAGAAAAUGUUCAGGUGUCAAAAAAUGAUACUGAUUUGACCUGUAGAAUUAAACCAAGGACUGCAAAAUUAGUACUUUAAAGAGAGUAUCAUGGGGGAAAUCCUUUUGAGUUCUUGGCUCCUGGAUCAGAGCAAAAAAAAAAAAAACAGGCUUAGAGCUAAAAAUCAUUUUCGUAUAGCAUGUUAAAUCAAAUGCUUUUUUUAGCACAAGCUGAAUAGUUGUAUAUUUAUGUAUAAAUACAAGGUAUAUAUAUCUAUGUUGAAAUAUAACAAAAAUUGAGAAUUUAUGAUUGCACAAACAUUUAAAGUGGUGUAUUGAUUAAUAAUAUUUAUUGCUAACUACACUGAAUUCAUGUUAGUGGCUGCUAUUCACAAACCCAUGUCUUGUGCACCUGUGUCAAAAUGUCAAAUUAGCACAAUCAUACUAAUAAACAUAAUCCUAUAUCAUUGAAAAACA